GUUCAACUACGCAUCAAUAUCUCCGUUUUUGUCAAGUUCGGCGAAUGACAUUUUUUCGCACAGGGCGAUAGCUGUUGCGCAUUGAAUGUGUCCCCGAACCGGCGCUGUCUGAACCAGCUCAACAGCUGAUCGGAGUACGAAGCGGCGGUGAACGGGGCCACUAUCGCACCACCACCCCGCGUUUCGGUGAAAUCCUUUCAGUCUCGUGUACUCCACUGGAUAAAAGGCAAAUUUUGGCGAAGGAAGAGAUCUAUCCUCGUGCUCUUGGCAAAAGGAUAGGACAGUGUCUCUCGUCCGCUUGGAUACGCCAUUCAUCAUGGUCAAAACUUUUCAAGCGUAUUUACCUUCCUGUCAUCGCACUUACUCGUGCAUUCACUGCCGUGCUCAUCUCGCCAAUCACGACGAACUCAUUUCUAAGUCCUUCCAGGGCAGUCAAGGUCGUGCCUAUCUCUUUAAUUCCGUGGUGAACGUAGGCUGUGGUCCCGCGGAAGAGCGAGUUCUAUUGACCGGGCUGCACGCAGUCGCCGAUAUCUAUUGCGAAUGUUGCAAAACCACCUUAGGAUGGAAAUACGAACACGCAUUCGAGUCGAGUCAGAAAUAUAAGGAAGGGAAAUUUAUAAUCGAACUUGCCCACAUGAUCAAGGAGAAUGGAUGGGAAUGAAGAGCAGAGAGGAAUGCAACAAGUUCUCUGUGCCUCUUGUCAAACUUUUCCUGACAAUGCCUACAAUGUUGUUCUAAUUGCAAUGUGCGACCCCUCUCCAUUCGAACCACCAACGAAAGUCUGUGAUUUCAUUUGUGAUUUGUAAUCUUAGUAAUUUUUAUGUUUCGGACAAUUCGUCACCGAUUUCUGUUGACUCUAAUCAAAUCGAAUAAGCGAAGGCACAUUAGCGAUCCGUGAUCGUUGAUGGACAUAUUUCACACCAAGUAUCGCAAAGAAAUUAUUUUUCAAACGAAGAAAAGAUAGAAUAAGACAAUGAUGUCGAGCGAUGGUGAAUAUGAUGACGAAGGAGGUGCCAUGGUGGAAAUAAAGAAGCGAAAUUGCUCGGUACGAGCAGUGGGGUGCCCCCCUCUCUCCAUCUAAUCUUGAUUCAUUAUUCUUGUAGACAUUGCGUGCGUCGUACAUGUCAAGGAUGAAUGUUAAAGAUUAACACGUGGGGCACCCCGAAAUCAGUUUUAUCCGCACCGGAACAGCGCAAGUGCCACAGAUUUUGCCGGACUGAUUGCCUGCCUGCCGCGUCUGUCAUUGGAAUUUCACUGCCGAUAUUCCUAAUAUUAAUUAAGAUACUGUACGUCGUAUUUAGACGGCGCAGUAGUAUAGUUCUAGUUUAGCUUACGUCAUAGAGUACUAAAGCCUAUAUUACAUUAUUAUAGGACUUCGUGAAUAUAUAGAAAAUAGGAAUAAAUAAUCAUGGAGGGCGAGAAGCGGCAGAAAAAGAAAACGAGAGAGAGAGAGAGAGAGAGAGAACGAAUGAACGAACGAAAGCGAGUGAGUGAAUGUUAAGAAAGACAGAAGAAAAAGUUUGGGUUAUGUGUUACACACACACACACACACGCACGCACGCACGCACGCACGCACGCACGCGUAUGUAUAUAUUUGAUUUUACGUUCGCCAUGCCUGCCAAACUAUCUUAUUUGUCUGCCAGUAUAUACUAUUAUUAUAGUAGUAUCAUAUUGUAAUACGUUAACGUUUCCAUCGGCUGAGCAAGAUGUGGUACAAUAACACCUUUUUGUUGUAAAAUCUUGGAACUGCGCCUUUCUCUAUGCACGCAAGAGAAUAUUAAAAAUAUAAAGGUGAUUGCUCAUUUCUUUUAAUAUCGAUCUCAUUUGUAAAUAUUUUAUAAGAUUCAAACAUAUUCGCGCGAUUUGCAAAUAACGAUGGUUGUGGCAGACUUUGUUCUCGUAAAAAUGUAGUAGUUUCCGGAUCGAUAUAUAAAAUGAUUCACACACACACACACACACACACACNCACACACACACACACACACACACACACACACACACACACACACAAAAGAAGUGUUAAUUUCACUUUGUGGAUCAAUAUUAAUUAACUGUCAAGCAGAAGUUUAUAGAUAAAUCUAUUCAUAAUAUGGAAUUGCUGCUUCUUAUUACGUUGGACUAUAUCGUAUAACAGUUUUUGAAUGGGUGUGUAUGCGCGUGCGCGUGUGAGGGAAUAUGAAAGAGGGUAGGAGAGGGAUUUCUCUCAAUAUGUGCACACACACACAACCCGCGCACGCACGCACGCACGCACGCACGCACGCACGCACGCACGCACGCACGCACGCACGCGCACACACACACACACACACACACACACACACACACACACACAACUUCGUUAUAUAGGUUGGUUAUAUGAGUUUACCAUCUUUGCUAUAUUCCUCGAUACGCUCUUCCGUUGUUAUCUUCUUGUUACAAUCAUCGAAAGGAAAAGGUAGUUAAUAUUCGGAUCAUUCGGAAUUGAUCUGUAAUUAUAGUAUAUAUUUAUGGCGUGUGCACUUGUACUAUUAGAGAUCAACGAGUCCGAGGCAAAUGCGAGUUGCAUCUGUGUGUGCAUGAGAUACUUAACGACUAAAUCGAGGACUCGCGGAAACUGCUACUUAAUGACGUUAAUCGCGCGCAACUUCAACAUAGAAAAUUGUUUCUUCUCUGUGUGCGCAUUCGUUAACAGGAAGAUAGCGCUAUUGCGUUUAUUGCGUCAAGCGGUAAUGCGUGUAUAUUGUAUAAAACAUUUGUACAAUACCAGUGAUCUUUUUUUGCACUAUUUUUCACUACGUCUAGAAAGAAAAAAAAAGUUUAGCUUUCAAAUGCCUACUACAUAUGAAAGUGCAGUGUAUUCGCGCGUAUAUAGAAAAAUAUCUGCCGCCUGCCUGUUCGACUGACGGACCGACCGACUUACCGACCGACCGACAGACUGACCGACCUAUCGAUCGAAUGAAUGGUUGAAGGAACGAAUGGACGAAUGAAUGUGCCGGCCUAAUAUUCACGCUGUCACUCAAAGAGUACUUUUUAUAUUAAUGUGUCGAUAUCCUUAUCCGCACUCACCUUUCCAGAAGCUCGUUAAAAUAUAUCAACCAACACUAACUCGGUAGUCUUCAGCUUCACCAACAUUCAACACUUCCACCGUCGUAAGAUUUUGCUUUGUAAAACGUGUUCUUAAUAAAAAAAGAAACAAUAUACAAAGAGUAAUCAAUCGAAGACAA